CUUGUAACCAAUGCAAUCUGCCUCACAAUGCACGCCGACCAGCAAUCCAAUAUAACACUGUAAGCCGACCCUGCGCGUGUCCAUCGUCAGUUCAAUGCGUGCAUCAAAGCGCGAUGCCCUUGCUGGUGGCAUGUUGCCCACGUCGGCCAUGCGCACAAUACACACAUCCCGACUGCCUGGCGAACCCCACAAUGGGCGGGCUCAAGCGCGGCUCCCUGCACCGUACGUGAUCAUCACCCGCUUCACGAGCAUGGAGCACUUCCACCUGCUCACACGCCUGUGGUCUGAUGGCGACGCCGACGCGGAGCAGGCCAUGGUGGACAAGCUGCGGCAGCUGGCACUGCAGAACUCAGACCUCGCGACUGAGUGGGAGCGCCUGAAGGCGCUGCCGGCCGCGACGCUCACCACCUUCCCCGCCAAGCUGCAUCAGCGCUGCUCACUGGCGGGGGUCGCACUACCACCACUGGACGACCCUCAAUCCCACCAUGUCCUGAAGGCCCCUAGCUGAGUGUACUCCAUCAUCCCUCGUGUUUGCACCCUCCUCCUUUGCAGUGAUGCCACCCGUCCCUGAUGUGUCCUUCUGUCUCGGCGCAUGGUGCAACACUAUACGAGCACUAUGUGACUACGGGCUCGAAACUUGUAUCUGUACCCGAUGCUCAUGCACUAGUAAGUGCGUGCGACCACGCCUGCCAUCGCCGCCAACAGGGGAGGGGGUAUGCAACUCGCUCUGAACCCAGCUCGGGAUGCAUGGGACCCGGCCAGAAGGUGUUCGGACCGGGGGGGGGCAGUUUCGACUGGGAAGGGCAGGGGGGGGGGUAGGAAACAAAGUGCCAGACUCCAUGCCCCGAAGUCCCCCGGGCCCCCCCUUGAGACGACUGACCACCCCACGGAUUAGGGGUUAAAAACCCUCCAUGUAAUACCAAAGUGGU